AUGGAAUCGAAUUAUUUAUCAUUUGCUCAUCAACAUCAUAAACUUAACUGGAGCAACGUAUUGGUCUUGAAGUUCGGUAAAUUUCAAGAACUAAACAUAUGGGUGGCCGUAUCACCGUCCGGAGCAUUCAAUGUUUGGUUUUCGGAAGACGUCUAUUACGAGAUGGAUUAUUUGAAAGUUCUGAAAAAAAUUGUACUGCCGUAUUUUGUGGGAAACAAGGAUGCAAUAUUUCUGCAAGAAUGGAACGAGAUAACUACGUCAGAAAUCGUCCGAUCGUGGUUUAAGAAACAUCCCGAGAUUCAGUACAUCACCUGGCCUUCGAACUGUGAAGUGGCUUUCCCCAUUUCCUUACCAUGGAGCGAUAUGAAGAUACGCUUGAAAAGCCAUAGGCCAUUAUGUUCGCUUCAAGCUAAGUCGCUGAUAAUCAAUUUCUGGAAGAUGUUAGGGCCUGAUUUCUUCACCGUUGCAAGAGAUGGUCUCAAAAAAAUUAAAGACGAGCAUUUCAAUUUUGCUCGAGCUAACUUUGAACUUGACUGGAACAAGGUUCUUUUUUCGAAGUAUGGGGUGGUGCGAUGCGUGAGUGUCUGGGUGGCAGGGACGCACCUUGGUCCCCUCGAUAUAUCGGCAACCAAUGGAUUAUUGAGCGAGGCCCACUACAUCAAAAUACUUAACGAUAUUGUGUUGCCGUUCCUAAUGCAAAACCGUGAUGUCACAUACAUUCAAGAAUCCAACGAUGUAACAAAAUCAGAGGACGUUCGUUCUUGGUUUCGAAUGCGUCCGGACAUCAAGUGCAUCACUUGGCCACCGAUUGUUUCACCAAUGUCAAUCGUUUGGGAUGGCAUCAACGAACACGUUGACAACAAUUUUGCGCUGACCAGCGGGGAAGUAACUAAAUUUGUUUUGGAAUUUUGGGAAAAGGUAAAAAAUGAAAGCCCGAGUUAUUUCCCUAAUUCCUUCACAUUUACCAAGCAAAUGAUCACAGUCAUCGAUAAAUGA